AUGCUCAUCGACAUGUUGCAUCAAAAAAAGCGCAAGGUCUCUCGCGCCGCGCUUGUUUACGACGCGGGGAUCUCGGACACCAUGCAGCUGUUCGACACCCUGACCCCUGCUGCUCAGCAAGACCUGCUGGAGCUCCUGGUGCGCAAGGCCGCGCUGAACUCCGCCUCAUUCCUGGCGCCGACAGAGUCCUCGCUGUCAAUACCCUCCUCUAUUCCCGCGGCCUCGUCAGAAGCAUCUUCUCCUCGGACCCUCAGCCCCUCGACUUCGCUCUCAUCGCUGAAGAGCUUUGCGUCGUCCUCAUACGCCAAGUCGGUCUCAAAGUCCUCUUCAUCCUCCACACUCUUGUCAAAGUCGUCCCACAGCUCCAGGGAGAGUCUCUCCUCAGAAAUGCGGAAGCAGACCCUCCAGGGCGACAAUCAGCGGCGGCCCUCGACCGGCCCGCUGGCAGCCCCAUACCAAACCUCGACCGACACAUGGUCCCGGAUUGUCAACACCGUCGAGUACCUGCGCCAGCAGUCGACCCUGGCGUCGACCGCAGCCUCGUCGCUGGCGCUGCUGGCCCCCUUUGCCGGCUCCGGCUCGACCUACGCCUCGCCCGAGUCCCUGACAGGCGACGCCGUCUAUUUCCAGCCCCACGCCGAGAUCCAGCCGAUCCUGGCGACGCUGCGCAUCAUCCAGCGGAUGGACGCUCGCCAGCUCUUUGACGAUGUCCAGGUGCACCUGAACGGGACCCGCGGCAAGAACAACGCCAACAGCGUGGACUCGAAGACCCUGCCCAAGGGCGCCAAUCCCUUUGCCCACGUCGAGACCGAGGUUCUCAACAUCCUGCUGCAGACGCCGUACAUCCUGCUGACCCCCAAGAAGCCGUCCAAGGAUCCCAAGGACUCGCGGCCCAGCACGCCCCUCGGCUCCCGCGACGACGCCUCGCCGCUGGUGGCCCAGAUCAUCCAGGCGUCCAUCUACCUGACGUCGCUGAUCGAGGCCAUCAUCACCACCCACAACGACCAGAUCCUCAAGAACAUGACCGACAAGACGACCCUGACCGAGUACGAGAAGGUCUCGGUGCUGGUGUGGGAAGGCGCCUCGGGCAUCCUCCGGGACGUCAUCAAGCUGCGCGAGUGGGACCCCGAGCUCGGCAAGUGGCACGAUGCCCGGGCCAUCUACAGCUCGCUGAUCUCAAACUCGCAGCUGUUUGCCAACGCGCUGCUGAACUUUGUGGAGUUUAGCUGGAAGAUCCUGAAGCCGACGUUUGUCCCAAAAAAAGCCGAAAAGCCUCCUCUCGCCGACCAGAGCUACUUUGCCAUGGCCGACGCCCGAGACCAGCCGCCGCCGUCGCCCACCUCGGCCCGCAGCUCGAUGGAGAGCCACCGCUCGGUCAACCUCGGCCGCGACAACAGCACAUCCAACAAGCGCCGCUCCUUCGGUGCCCGUCUCCUCUACAAGUUCAACCAGCUCACGCAGAGUGUUGACAAGCGCAAGUCGCUGCAGUCCAUGUCCUCGGACGACGAGUCGUUCUUCUCUCGGGCCUCGUCGCGGCUGACCCACAGCACCGACUCGGAGGUGCAGCGCACCCAGCAGAGCCUCGACAUGCUCCGACAGACUUCAGACUCAAACCCCGCCUCCGAAUACUCGCGCGACGGCUCCGAGUCACGGCACCGACGGGUUGCCUCGGAUGCACCGCCGCAGCUUCCCGAGAUCGACGUGCGCAUCACCAAGAAGGCACCUCUGGCGAUCCUCCAGAAGCCCUCCGCCACAGGCGUCCGUCUGCGCGUCGUCAGCAACGAGCCCUGGGGUGUCAAUCUCCCCAGCCAGGAGCAGGAGAUUCCCAACACCAACCGCUGGUCGCAGAUGGUCAACGAGACCGUCCAGCCCGUUGGCCAGGUCGCCGAGGGACACCUGUCGCGCCGCCGCCGCUCCAACAACAUCCAGGACUCGCUCGACAUCGACCUUCCCUUCCAGAUGCCGGCGGGACCUGCCGCGUCGAGUGACGAGUCGCUCUCGCAGCCCUCAGUCGACCUUGCCGAUGUCGAGAGCGUCCCGUCGCCGACCACGUCGUCCAACGGCACACUGGGCCGCAGCAACAGCGCUGGCUUCGGCAACGCCGUCAAGCAGCUGUCCAAGAAAGCCAGCAUCUCGGGACUGCGAGCGCUGCGGUCGUCGAGCUCGCGCCAGUCGCUGAACACCUCCGGCAAUGCGGCAAAUGCUGCCGGAGCAAACCAGCGCCGCUUCCUGUUCCCGAACCGGUUCAAGUCGACGGAGCGGCUCGGGGUCUUCCGCAACGCCUCGGACUCGGAGAUGGAGAACGUCCGCAGCGCCAGCCAGCGCAUCGAGCCGUCGGACGACGGCCUGACCGAGAGCGAUGUCGAGCGACCCAGCGACUAUGCGCUGUAUGCCGGGCCUCGCGGGCUGGAUCUCUCCCGCAAGGAAGACAUCACGUCGGAUGAGGAGAGCACGGUGCCGGCGACCAAGGCGUUCAAGUCGAUGCGGGUGAUUGGCCGCAAGGGAGCGCAGAAGAUCCCGACAGUCAACAGCCGCGGCAAGCGCAUCGGCAUGUACAACAACGGCAAGCUGUCGUAUGACACUGCCGACGACGACAAGGAAGAGUACUCUGGCGUCAUCCAGGUGCGAGACAACAUGCUGCAUCUCAGCGAGGGAAAGCAAGACAUCAAGAUCAUGGAGAUUGUUGCCGGCAAGAUUGUGAUUGUCGCCGCCACGGUCGAGAAGCUCGUGGUCAGCCUCGCCGACGAGAACCUGCAAGACCUCGAGUUUGUCGACUGCAUGAUCCACAACCACGGCUUCUUCAUGAGCUCGCAGGACCUGAUGGACAACCUCGAGGCUCGCUACGACAUUGAGCCGCCGCCCAACGCGAGCACCGACGACAUGGAGUACUUUCACCGUUGGAAGACGCCGAUCCAGCGCAAGGUCCUGAAUGUGCUCGCGCGCUGGGUCAAGCUGCAGUACGAGGACUUUGCCAACGACGCCGAUCUCCGCCACAAGCUCGAAGAGUUCUUGACCAUCGUCUGGGGCGACGGCUUCAAGAGCGAGGCCGACCGCAUCCGCCGCACAUGCAUCACGCAGGCCGUCAGUCUUGCCAUGAAGCGCAAGAACACGCCGUUUGCCGUCCAUCUCGACAUGAUCGAUGCGCACGGCGGCAGCGGCCUGGCGUCGAUGGUCCAGCGGCUCGGCCCAACGAGCUGCCACUUUCCCCGGACCGACUCGCCCAACCUCCUGGACCUGUCGCCGAUCCUGACGACGGGCGAUGCACGCGACUAUGCACGAUAUCUGACUGCGGUCGAUGCGCUGUCGUUUGCGGCGAUCACGUUCCCGGACUAUGUGGCCAAGCUGCGCGAACCCCGACUGGUGGGCGAGGCCAAGGACGGGCUCCGGGACGGGCUGGCGAGCGGCCCCGAGGCGGUGCCGGGCAAGAUCGACCUGUUUGCGCGCCGGGCCAACAUGAUCCGCAACUGGGUCGCGCUCGAGAUCUGCUCGAUCGGCACCCUCAACGUCCGCCGCCAGGUCAUCGAGCGGUUCAUCCAGAUCGCAAAGUACUGCAUCGACUUCAACAACUUCCACACGGCCUUCUUCAUCGUGAGCGGCCUCCUGACACCGGCUGUCCAGCGGCACAAGAAGACCUGGGAGGCGGUCUCGUCCAAGCACAUUGCCGCCCUCGAGACGCUCGAGAAGCUCAUGGACCCCAGCGGCAACAUGCGCAACUACCGCAAGGCCCUGGCGCAGGUGCGCGGACCGGCGGUGCCGUUCUUCCCGAUGGUGAUGAAGGACAUUACCUUCCUGAUGGACGGCAACCCGGCCAUGACCAAGCCGCGCAGCAAGUCGUCGUCGCGGCAGCAGCAGCCGCUGAUCAACUUUGAAAAGUACCGCAACAUCUCCAAGAUCCUGACCGAGUACCGCAGCUUUGUGGUCACCGAGAAGUACGACUUUGCGGUGUCGCUGGCGCCGCUGCUGCGGUUCAUGUCGCAUGGCAGCACGGGCGUGCCCGUCCUGAGCAGCACACCGCACCUGCGCAACCACCCAGAGGCGCUUGCCGGCGCGCUGGUGGAGUCCCGGCUGGUCUAUGCCGACGACGAGUUUGUCUUCUGGCAGAACAUUGACGUGCGGACAUCCAAGGUCUCGGCUUCGGCGGUCACCGGCAGCGGUGUCAUGGCUGCCACCAUGGUCUUUGCCGACAGAAACGAAGGCGACGAGUCGUCUGGAUGA